GUACAGAUAGAGAGUGUAUGAUAAGGAAUGUAUUUUUCUGCACGGUCUCAUGAUCUCUAUUGCACAGUAACGGAAACGCACGGGUUAGUUCUGGAAAAGCACAGUCCAAGAGUCAGCAGAAAACGUUAUUUGAAAGCGGUUCAUUAUGGCAGAAGAUUUGACAACUCCAUUGCUCUCAGACUCUGAAGUCCCUUCUGAAGUCCCUGCUGAAGCUCCUGCUUUGAAGACCAGCCCUACGGUGGCCAUACUCGGUUCUGGAGACUUUUCUCGCUCACUGGCUGUGCGGCUGGUAGCUUGUGGUGUUCGAGUGGUGGUUGGGAGUCGGUGUGUAAAUCGCAUCCCGUCAGGACUGUUCCCUGAUGCAGUGGAGUUGAGGAACCAGGAGGGGGCAGUAUCACAAGCAGGGUGUCUGGUGUUCAUGGCCUUGUUCCCUGAGCAUUACCAUUCCUUGCUGGGGCUACAGUCUGCACUUGCAGGGAAGGUGCUUGUGGAUGUAAGUAAUGCAGCAGAGAUGAAUAACCAUGGUCCUUCUAAUGCGGAGCGACUAGCUGAGCUAUUUCCAGACAGUCUAGUGGUCAAAGGAUUUAACAUGGUUUCAACCUGGGAGCUGCAGACUGGGGCUCAUGAUGGAAGCAGACAGGUCCUGAUCUGCAGUAACAGUACAGAGGGGAAGAGGAAAGUUGUGGAGUUGGCUCGGCAGAUGGGGUUCCACCCGGUGGAUAUGGGUGGCUUGUCUGCUGCUCGAGAAAUUGAGGUAGCUCCAUUGCGCCUAUUCCCAUCUUGGAGUGGCUCGAUUGUUGUCACCUUCCUCCUCUUUCUCUUCUUCUAUGGAUAUGGUUUUCUGCGGGGAAUUCUGCUGCCAUUUCUUGCACAAGGACACAAUGCUUUCUACCGUCUCGCCCUCGGUCUGGUGAAUGAGAGCCUGCCAGCGGUAGCCUUGGUGACCCUGGCACUUGUAUACUUCCCAGGCUUGUUUGCUGCAUGGUUGCAACUCUGGAAGGGCACCAAAUACCAGCGUUUCCCAUCCUGGUUGGACAACUGGUUGCAGCGGAGGAAACAACUGGGUCUGUUGAGCUUCCUGUGUGCAACGUUGCAUGGUGUCUACAGCCUUUGCCAGCCGCUGCGCAGAAUUACACUCUACAGGCUCGUCAAUACUGCCUACAGACAGGUUAAAGCAGGUGUAGAGGAGCCUUGGGAUGAGGUGGGGGUUUGGCGAUCUGAGCUGUACCUUUCUUGUGGAGUCUUGGGUCUGGGCGUCCUCUCUUUACUGGCCAUCACUUCUCUUCCCUCAGUGGGCAACACCCUUAACUGGAGAGAGUUUACAUUUGUACAGUCAGGUUUGGGCUAUAUUGCUCUGACUCUGUCCAUCAUGCACACGCUCUUCUUUGGCUGGGAUUUUACCUUCCACAUUGAGGCAUAUCCAUUCUAUAUGCCACCCAGCUACGUAUUGGCUGUAGUUCUGCCCUGCAUCAUUCUGGUGUGCCGUUGCUUUCUGCUGCUACCGUGCAUCUCCACCAGACUGACACGAAUACGCCGCGGAUGGGAGAGUAAACGCAACUGUCCAGUUUUACAGCACCACCAUGUGGCUAAUAGAAUACCAUAGAAAGUCUGGGAAGAAAUCCUAGGUGGACUUUUAUAAGAUGGACGUGUUAAAUGGAUAUACAGUUGGCAGUGCAGUGGCCAACAGUUUAAAUAUGCAAGUAUAAAAAAAUCCAAGGGCUAAAUAUAAAGUUGAAAAUGUUAAAAGUAUUUUGAGACUGGUCAAAUUCUCUGACUAGUUUAAGUCAGGCUUACCUGAAAGUGAUAUCAUGCAGAGGUAUUCUAACCUUCAAUAACUCCUGACUCAAAUUUUCCAGCUCUUUCUUUGCACUUAACUGUGCCUUAUAUUGUUACCAUAUCCCAAUAUUUCAGAUGAUCUUCCUUUGGGCCAGUUACUUUGUAAACUCAAUUUGCAAACUCCACCUGUAACAGGGAGGCCUAUGUUAUACUAAGUACUAAUAAUGACAAAAAUGGCACUGCAUUUAUGUGUGUAAACUCUUGUAAACAAAGCCUGUGUGAAAUUACACUUUGUAAUUAAAUGUUAAAUUUUUUUUGGGAUGUCUGUUUAUAUACACAAAACAAAUUCAAAAUGGUAUAAAAUGACUGCAUAUUUUGCUCUGAAAAACUCAUUAAAUGUUACAAAUUUUUUA